AUGCAUCGAACAUAUUCUAUGCGCCAGUCCCGUGCGCCGACGGCCUCGCAGCUCCAGAGUCCGCCCCCUCCGCCGUCGUCGACCAAGUCCGGCCGCUUCUUCGGAAAGGGAAGCUUGGGCCAUGCUCUUCGUCGCAAUGCCGGUGGCGCCUUCGGGCCGGACCUGGCCAAGAAACUGUCCCAGCUUGUCAAGAUGGAGAAGAACGUGAUGCGAAGUAUGGAGCUUGUCGCCAAGGAGCGCAUGGAAGUGGCUCAACAAUUGUCCCUUUGGGGCGAGGCUACCGACGAAGAUGUCUCUGACGUCACCGACAAGAUCGGCGUUUUGCUCUACGAAAUUGGCGAGCUAGAGGACCAGUACGUUGACCGAUACGACCAAUACCGCGUUACCAUGAAGAGCAUCCGCAACAUUGAGGCAUCGGUUCAGCCCAGCCGAGACCGCAAACAAAAAAUCACCGAUCAAAUCGCCCAGUUAAAGUACAAAGAACCAAACUCGCCAAAGAUUGUGGUGCUUGAACAGGAGUUGGUUCGCGCUGAGGCCGAAUCGCUCGUGGCAGAGGCUCAGCUCUCCAAUAUCACACGCGAAAAGGUCAAGGCUGCUUAUAUCUACCAGUUUGAUGCCCUCCGCGAGCAUUGCGAGAAGGUUGCCAUUAUCGCUGGCUACGGAAAACAUCUGCUCGACCUCAUCGAUGAUGCUCCCGUGACUCCUGGCGAGACCCGAGCUGCGUACGAUGGUUAUGAGGCUAGCAAGGCCAUCAUCCAGGAUUGUGAAGAUGCUCUCACCAACUGGGUCACUUCCAACGCUGCCGUGAGCUCCAAGCUUUCUACUCGAUCCCGCAAUCUUUCUCAGCGGCGGCGCAACACCAUCCGAGCUAGAGAAGAGGGUCACGACUUGUCCCACCAGGACGUGCCGCUGAACGACAACGGCUCUUGGGUUCAGCAACAACAAGGGGUGAGAAUGGAUAGUGACGCAGAAGAGGAGGAGGAAGAGGAGGAGGAGCGUCACUCUGCCCUGGGUAGUGACGGAGGAAUGAACGGCGAGUCGCGAGGUCGAACUCAAGAAAUCCUCGCAGCUUAA